AAUCUAAAACAGGGUUUCACGCGUUUGCUAUUACACCUGUUUCUACCUUCACUUCGACUUCCUGACCCCACUUCACUUCGACUUCUCGACCCCGCUUCUCGACUAUUUAACUGCUCAAAUCUUCCCAACUCUCAACCUCCUCUACUCUCAACCUCCUCGACUAUCAACUUCCUCGACUGCCAAUCUCCAGAACACAACUCAACACACGAGAUCUAUACCAGUUUCUCUACAACCUGCAGACACUGCACUGCUUUCAUCCUCACCUCACCUUACUCUGCUUGUGUCAGGACGACCUUUCUCUCACUUACCUGACUAUUCCCAAAACUUCUUUCUCCUCUCUACCCCACCGACCCCAACCUAUCUCAACUGUACGUGAAUCACGAUGCCGAGGUCUGGACAACGAAAGAAAGAUGGUCCUGCUCGCGACAAGAACAACGAGAGAUGGGCCAAUAUCAACCGCAACCGCAACCGACAAGAACCUCCGCCUCCGCCUCCGCCUCCGCCUCCGCCUCCGCCUCCACCUACGCAGCCUCGACCCCCACCUCCACCUCCACCUGCGCUGCCUCGACCCCCGCCUCCACCUGCGCUGCCUCAAUUCCCGCAUCCACCUACGCAGCCUCGACCCCCGCUCCCGCCUACGCAGCCUCGACCUCCACCUCCACCUACGCAGCCUCGACCUCCACCUCCACCUACGCAAACUCGACCCCCGCCUCCACCCACACAGCCUCCACCGUCUCCGCCGUCAUUUUCACCCACAUUGCAAGAUGAUGACGAUGAGCUUUAUCGUGACCCUCCGCCUCGAACAACACCUCAAGCUCCUAUGCAACAGCCGCGUAUACCUCAGUCAAGCACGCAGAAUCCAUCAGUGCAAUUGCCUCCAUAUAUACAGGCGCGUCUGGCAGAUCGAAGAGCGGCAGAGCAAAGAGAGGUAGAGCAUAAACAGAAAACAGCGAGGGAGAUAGAACAUCAGUCCAACGUCUUCGAGGCAAUGCAAAAAACCAGCGACCUCACAUACCUGCCUCCUGCAGAGACUGCACUUAUCAAAAGGCAAAGUCACUUUGAUGCAGCCAAGGUUUUUGGUUGCAAGAACGCUCGUAAGUUAGGCGCAAAUUCAGUGCAAGCAGGUAACAAUCGUGCUAACUGUAAGCUCAGCUAUCGUUAACCAAACCGGAUCAUCGAUAUUCGCUGAGUAUACUCACCCAACUCGAUUUGCGCAUGCGGGCAUGGCACCAGAUCAACAGCCUCGACUACUAAUUGUCUUCUCAAGACAGAGCGGUGGUGGUCGUGAUGAAAACGAAGGACAAAAUAUCAUUCAGCAAGACCGCAUAUACGCUUUACGAUGGAUGCAUGCGAACCCCGACAUAAACUACGUCAGACUGAUUGUCCAACACAUUGCAAAUCGGACAUCGCGCGUUCCUCUCCCAAGUAACGUGAACGUCCACCAUGCAACAGCUGAUGCUGUAUGGGGCAAUCUACUCCGUUCGUUGGCAGGGGUUCCACCAAGGACUACUGUUGAUAUGCUUGUCCGUGGCUGGGACGGAAUC